AUGUGUAUAAGAUCGCAGGGGUACGCACAGGCCAAGCUAAUCCUGAAGGAACAGUUUGGACAGCCACAUCUGAUUGCAAGGGCCCAUUUAAAGAAGGUUUUGAACCGACCCCAAAUUAGACCUAAUGAUGGUACUGGAAUAUGGGACUUAGGCAGAGAUAUGAGAAGAUGCCAAACUGUGCUUGAACAAAUGUCUUAUUCUGCAGAUAUGAAUAGUUCUGACACCCUUCUCAAAGUACAACAACUACUACCACUAUACCUCCAGACGAAAUGGGCUAAGAAAGCUCAAUCGGUUAUGGAAGCAGAUAUGGCACCUGACUUCAAAGACAUGACAACCUUUAUCGAAGAAGCAGCUAGAUUGGCAAAUAACAUGUUUGGCCAAAACAUGGGGAAGUCUCCUAGGCGAGAGCAAGUGCAACCCAUUAAGAGUAAGUCUGCGAGAUCAACUUUUGCUGUCAGGGGAGAAGAUGUGCGCAAGCAAGAUACUUCAACGGCGAAAUGUCCAGCUUGUUUGGGAGAACACCAACUUGAGAAGUGUGAUGUGUUCGGUAAAGCUAACCCUAGGGAGAGGCUACAAAUUGUACGGAGAGGAAGGCUAUGUGACAACUGCUUUGGGAGAUCACAUUUUGCAAGAGAGUGCCGUAAAGAUUCAAACUGCCUGGUUAAUGGAUGCAAAUGGAAACACCAUGCUCUUCUGCAUAGAGGUGAAGCAACACACAAUAUGACAAAUCUUUCCACCAUUGUACGUGGCAAGGUGUGCCUCAGGCUACUGCCAGUAAGUGUUGCUGGUAAUGGAAGGAAGGUUAUGACCUUGGCGUUACUCGAUGAUGGCAGUGAGGUUACAUUGUGUGACCAUCGGCUAGCACAAAGAUUAGGUAUAACAGGCAGACAAAAGGAAUUUCAUAUGACUACAGUGGGCCAGGAAAAUGUAAAGGUCAAAGGAAUUGAACUAGAAGGUCUAACAGUUACUGGACUACAUCAAAACGGAACCAGUUAUUCUUGA